UGUAUGAGCACGACACAGCCGCAAGGCUGGAUGGUUGUGUCAACGUAAACGAGUUGUCUUCUCGUGGCUUGCUGCAUACGCAUGGGGCAGGUUUAUGCUAGGCGUUCCAGUUUUUGUCGGCGUGCCUUGUAUAUAAAGGAUCGCCCACAGAACGGAGUAUGAAAGUUUGCGCGCUUGAUCAUCGUCUUCCCAAGAUGCAUCAGUUUGCGUAUACGAUCUGCCCACUCUCACGCUUCACAAACUGCAGCCCAAGAACCCAUCAAUAUGUAGCGCCCACCCAACAACUCCGCUCCACGCACAAAGGCGGACUCGACGCAGUUGCUAAGAUGGGACGAGACGCACGAACACCGUUCCUUCUACGAGGCCGGGAACGGAAGGAAAUCCAUAUCUUAAGAGGUUUCAAAGGGCGUAGCAGUAUUUGUAGGUGCGGACGGAAAUUUUUCGGUUACGUAAGCGGAGGCGUUGGUGGGCUUGGCAAGGGGCGGUAACGAGAAGAGGAAAGGUACUGCUUGGAUCGUGGAAAUACAAUAGAUAUGU